AAUACACGUUAUAAUUGAAACAUAAAACAUGUUUUUUUCAUGAAUAUGCAUAUCACCUAUAUAUGGUUAUGGUUUUCUGAAUUAAGUUGAACCAAGGCAACAAAAAAAAGAGCCAUCACAUUUCCAAUUUGCAUCAGCUUCAUUUUCCAAAUCGAUCGAAUUAGCUUCAUAAAUCAAUUUGAACCAAUGGAUUGCGAUGGCAGUAACAGUUUCUCAAAGAAUAAUUACAUGAUAUUGAGACCAGAUGAAAUUGAUGUUUUUGAUCUGGUUGGGGUGCUGUUUUCCAGCGAUUUGGAGAAGAGAAAAGGUGUUCAUUGUCAAGCAUGGAGGGGGGAAAGUUUCCAGCGUAGGUGGAUCAUAUUUGUGUCAAUAUCAAUGCAAAAGUUUCUGAGGUCAGUGGCAAAACCAAUGGCAUGUUUUGGGUCUGUGGUGGAGAUGUGGCUGAACCUCCUGUCUUGUAACCAUAACUUUAGCAUGCUUCUGUUGAAUAUCUUGCAAGGGAAGGUGGUGAUGCCUGAUAAAAACUCAGCAACAUUCUUGUCGUUUAUUGGGAAUCUCGACAAGCGGGUGGAGUUAGACAAAAACAUCAAACAUGGUGAUAUCAGAUACUAUGGGGCACUCUCAAUGAUGGCUUCUAAAGCAUCCUAUGAGAACAAAGCCUACAUUGAAACUACAGUCAAUGACCUCUGGAAGAUGGAAUUCUUGGGUGCAUUUAGUUUUUGGAAUGAUUACCAAGAGAAAGCUACAACACAAGCAUUUAUGUUUCGCGAUAAGAACGCCUCCUCCGAUUUAAUCAUUGUGGCAUUCAGAGGAACAGAGGCUUUUGAUGCAGAUGCAUGGUGCACAGACUUUGACAUCUCUUGGUAUGAGCUCCCUGGCAAGGGAAAGGUUCAUGGAGGUUUUAUGAAGGCUCUAGGCAUGAAAAAGAACCAAGGUUGGCCCAAGGAAAUCGAACAAGAUAACCAUAACCAACCACCAGGGGCUUACUAUGCCAUAAGAGAAAAGUUGAGGGACCUAUUGCAAACAAAUGACGAAGCCAGAUUUAUAUUGACUGGGCACAGCUUGGGAGGUGCCUUGGCAAUUUUAUUUGCAGCAGUUUUGGCAAUGCACGAAGAGGUAGGGUUGCUUGGGAGAUUAGAGGGGGUUUAUACAUUUGGACAACCAAGAGUUGGAGAUGAGAAAUUUGGAGAGUUUAUGACUACACAAUUGGAAAAAUAUACAAUUCCGUAUAAUUGGUUUGUUUACAGUAAUGAUAUGGUGCCUAGGUUGCCUUAUGAUGACUCAACACUUAUGUUUAAGCACUUUGGGACGUGCUUAUAUUUUAACAGCUUUUAUCAAGGCAAGAUUGUAACCGAAGAACCAAACAAGAACUAUUUCUCACCACUGGCAAUAAUACCAAAGGCCAUAAAUGGCAUUUGGGAGCUGAUGAGAAGCUUCAUUAUUCCUCACACAAUGGGCCCAGACUACAAAGAGGGCUUCGUUCUUCGACUUCUCCGGUCCAUUGGAUUGGUUAUUGCAGGCGUAUCCGCUCAUUCCACACAAGAUUAUGUUAAUGCCACCCGUUUGAGUUCCCCUCACGUAUAUUCAUUGGUUUAUCAUGCCAAAAAGCACCAAUAGAGGCAUUGCAUAG